AUUCUAAACUGGCAGUACUAUUUGUUUUGAAGUAGGCUAGUGGAAGCAAACGGUUAAUACCAGAAUCGGAUUUGAUCUCAGUGGGUGUGCCUUCUUAUUCUUUUUGGCGUCCCCUCUCUUGAAGUAGAUCGCGCACAACCUAUUAAGAAGAGACACGAGCUCCGGGACUGCCAUGUGGUCACUCGGCUCGCGCUCCCGUCACCACGCACGAGAGCUGAGAGGGAUGGAAACUCUAAAGCUGUUUUGAAAGGGAAGACUACACAGACUCGCAGUUUUCAUCCCGCACUUCACACGAACGAUUUGUCCCUCUUGAUUUAGGCCUGUUCAUUUGAGGCGAUACACAAGCUCUUCUGACGUUUCUUGAUUGAAAAAGACUUCCAGGAAUGGAGUCGAUACCCAGUCAGCUUUCUACGGGACGAGAUACUUGCUCUUCUCCCAGCUCGAAGCAAGAACUCCAGCCUUAUUCUGGCAGCAGCUCGAUGAAGCCAAAUCAAGUGAGUGAGACUGCGCUGUACGGAGUGCCCAUCGUCUCUUUGGUAAUCGACGGCCAGGAGAGACUGUGUUUGGCGCAGAUUUCCAACACUUUACUGAAGAACUACAGCUACAACGAAAUUCACAACCGACGCGUGGCGCUUGGAAUUACGUGUGUGCAGUGCACGCCGGUGCAGUUGGAGAUCCUGAGGCGCGCGGGGGCUAUGCCCAUCUCCUCGCGCCGCUGUGGCAUGAUCACCAAACGCGAGGCCGAGCGCCUCUGCAAAUCCUUUCUCGGGGCUCACAAUCCUCCCAAAUUACCCGAGAAUUUUGCUUUCGAUGUUUCACACGAGUGCGCCUGGGGAUGUCGGGGAAACUUCAUACCCGCCAGGUACAAUAGCUCCAGGGCGAAAUGCAUCAAGUGCACCUAUUGCAAUAUGUACUUUUCACCAAACAAAUUUAUAUUUCAUUCGCACCGCACACCUGAAUCGAAAUACACGCAGCCGGACGCGGCUAAUUUUAAUUCAUGGAGGCGCCAUCUGAAACUCACCGACAAAAGUUUGGCUGAUGAUCUUUGUCACGCGUGGGAGGACGUCAAGGCCAUGUUUAACGGCGGGAGCAGAAAACGCGCAAUGCCGGGUAGUGGAUCCGAAAUGUCCUCCCAUCUCAAACCGCAGUCCUCCGGCAACAUCACGCAAACUACUUCCUCCGAUAUCCCUCACAAAACUUUGCGCUGCGACGACGACCGCGGUAACCUCAGUUUAAGCAACAGCGUGCGCAACUAUCCGGUCAUCCCUGUGCCUAGUAAGAGUUUCGGCAUGCUCCAGAAGAUCCCGCCACCCAUCUUCCCGCAUCCGUAUAGUUUCCCAGCAUUUGGACUGUGUCAAAAGAAGGACGAUGGAGUUGGUGAGCAGAAUAAGACCAAUGUGCCCAGCGUGUUUUGGCCCGGUGCGAAGGACGGUAUCUAUCCUUCCUUUCCUAUGUUUUGGCCCACCGCGGGCAGCCUGCCGCUCUCAUCCUACCAACCAAAGCCACACGCGGACUUACUGGGUGGCCGGCAAACGGAAGCAGAGAUGUCAGAGAGUGAGAGGGGAGGAAACACACCUAGAGACAGUCUGUUCGACAGCGAGCGCUGCUCCAGCUCACAGUCCCUCAGGAACGACGAGGACAAAUCUGGGGACGAGGCCAGGUCAAGUGAGGGUCAACCCAGCACUCCUAGAAAGCUAAGCUAUAUUUCUGCGUUCAGACCAGUGGUUAAAGACGCAGAGAGUAUAGCCAAGCUUUACGGGAACAGGGACGCGUACAGUGGAGCACAUCCUGGUCAUUUGUCGCCUGACUUUGUGAGCGAGACCUCCAGCUACAGAUCGGCCUCUCCGUGCGCGGACAGCGGGGAAGAACCAGAUGUGGACGUGGAGACUCACAGAAUUCCCGAUGAUGAGGAAUCUAUACAACUUUCCGUAGAUGAUCGGCAAAGUCCAGUGAGGGAAGACACACCAACGCCUCAGCCGGACGAUGGCCACCAGACGGUCACUUUCAGUGACUCGGGCUCCCCUGAUCACAAGCAGAACAAGCAGGUGGCGAAGAAAAGUGAUGCCAUUGCUUACGAUGUGUACUCGCAUGAAAAGGAUGGAGCCUCUCUUCAGAACACCCUGUCCUGUUCGGCCUCCAAACUUUCUCGCUGCGCGCAAGAUACAAAUGAUUCACACAUUUCAAACAGUACUGACGACGAAUGCGAAUCUCAAAAAUCCUGCUCGGACCAAAUUAGAGUAAGCAGAGAGAAUUCAAUUGACGCAGCAUUGAGAAGUACUGAUAACAGAUUUAAUUUCGAGAAAGACAUCGAGAAUAUGGCAAAAGAGGAGCUCCAAAAGCAGCUAUUGGAGCAAGUGGAGCUGAGAAAAAAACUGGAAAGGGAAUUUCAAAGUUUGAAAGAUAAUUUUCAGGAUCAAAUGAAGAGGGAACUGUCUUAUCGAGAGGAGAUGGUCCAGCAGCUGCAGAUUGUGCGAGACACAUUGUGCAACGAGUUGGAUCAGGAGAGAAAGGCUCGUUAUGCAAUUCAGCAGAAGCUUAAAGCUCACGACGCUCUUCACCAUUUCUCCUGCAAAAUGCUCACUCCACGCCACUGCACAGGGACCUGCACCUUUAAGCCACCUCUCUUACCACCUUAACUUAAAAAACUGCAUCCCAGGAUCCAAGUGACAUCUGUGAACCUCCCGUGAAGGAAUUCUCCAUUCGCACUCGGUUUGAGUUAUGCACACUGGACGCUGAGGACCGAGGACUGCUGAAUCACAAUCACUGGCAUUUGAACAUUCUGCUGUGAAUGAAAGUGUCUAGGAUUACUUUAGGAAAACAGAGUAAAACAAGCCAGAGGAUGUCAUCGAUAAGCCCUCAAAUAAUUAUCCUGUUUCUUGUGUAAAUAGGUUGACUUUUUUUAAAACAAUACAAAUACAUAAUAUGUGGCAAUGUGCAAUGAACUGUAUAAUGUGAAAUUUCAUAAACUGGAAUUGUUGAUUAUUCUCAUUAUUUAUGUAUUUAUGCGUUUUUUCAUGUAUUUAGUUUUUUUUUCUCACAAUGAAUUCAAUGAUGUGCUAUCACAAAUGAAUUGUGUAUUAUCAAUAUUAAGCACUUUAAAUAAGCAACUUUUCAGACCUGUAUAUCCUAACAUGAAUCAGUACAAAAUGAUUCAAAGUGAAUUGUAUUUACAAAAGACGCAACUUCAAACAAGCACUUAGCCCUAAUUUCCAACAUAAACAAUUGAGAAAGUUGUUGAUCCACAUGAAAGUGCUCAAACGAAAUGACACAGAACCUCUGGAGUGUUUCUUCAGUUUUACUUUUAUUUUUUCGAAAAUAAAACAUUCUCUUGCCUCGUUCUUCAAUAAAAGUUAAAUUAAAGCCACAAA